AUGAUAAUUAGCAAAGAAUUUCAAGAUAAGAAUAUUGUGGAACUGGGUUCGGGCACCGGUAUGGUUGGCAUUGUUGCGGCCAAAGUGGGCGCUCACGUACUACUGACCGAUUCGCACGAAUACCCCCAAUGUCUUGAACUUUGUCGACAAAACGUUGACAUAAAUGGAGUGAAAGACAAUAUCACCGGAAUCUGGCCGUUAAGUUGGGGUCACUUCGACCAACAAGUGAUUGAAAUGCCAUCAUUUGAUUACAUCCUAAGUUCGGACUGUUUUUAUGACGAAAAGGACUUCGAAGACAUUUUAAGUACCGUUUCAUUCCUCAUCGAUAAACACGACAAUAAAGAAACCAUUUUUUAUACCACAUAUCAGGAAAGGAAUAGCGAUUGGAGUAUAGAAUGCCUUCUGAGGAAAUGGAGCCUCAAAUGUGAUUACAUUUGUUUGGAUGACUUCGAGGGCAACACAAGUUGUGUGACUGGAAGUGAUUUAUCUGCCAGACAUACCAUUCAUUUGCUCAAAAUCACUAAACAGCGAGACAUCGUCUGA